AUGCUCAAGACGCUCGUGUUUCAUGAAAUGGAGCGUGUCGCUUCCGAGCUCAGCCAACAGUCCUGCUCCCAGAGAAACGCAGACCCCUCCCCGGUGAACGCAGACCCCUCCCCGGUCAGCGCGGACCCCUCCCGGGUCAACGCAGACCCCACCCGGGUCAACGCAGACCCCACCCGGGUCAACACGGACCCCUCCCGACCCCUCCCCGGUCAACACGGACCCCUCCGGGUGAAUGCAGACCUCUCCCGGGUCAGUGUAGACCCCUCCCCGGUCAACGCAGACCCCUCCCUGGUGGACGCAGACUUUUCCCCGGUGAAUGCGGAACCCAACGCAGACCCCUCCUGGGUCAGUGCAGACCUUUCCCCGGUGAACUCGGAACCCUCCCUGGUCAAUGUAGACUCCUCCUGGGUGAACGCAGAUCUCUCCUGGGUCAGUGCAGACCCCCGGCCAGUGAACGAGGACCCCUUCCCGCUCCGGGUCCCACGGGCCACCCCUGGCUGCUCCGGGAGCUUGUACCCCGUUGGCUUCACCACAGGGGAGCCCGGCCCACGCUUCGUGGCUCAUAGGCGGCUGACCGGAUUUGAGGGAGAAAGCAAGGCUCAGUCCCGCGGCAAGGGUGGAGGCCUCCCCAGCCACCAUCCCCCGCCACCCUCCUCCCCUUCCCGCCACCGCCCGCCCCGCGGAUUGGCCCACGCCCCGGCCUCCGCACACCUGUCACCGUCUGUCUUGGGGCCACGCUCCCCGGGCUCCAUCUGUCCAGCGGGCUCACUGUGGCGGCCGUGGACCGCUGCCCCCCAACUCCCAAGGAUCCCAGGGUCAGACAUCUCCAUGACGACCAGGGCCCUGCAGGAGCUGGAUGGAGGCCUGGGCAGCUGCCCAGGCGAGGACCUCUCCAUGCUGGCCGACCCCUGCCCUGAGCAGCCCCAGGAGGGCAGGGCUCGAGCGACGCCCAGGCUGGCCGACUCUAGCAGCUGGCCCCAUGUUUCUCAAGCUGAGGGCAGCCCUCCAGGCAGUGUGGAUGCCAGGCCCAAGAAGACAGAAAAGGAGCCUGUGGCCAAAGUGGCCCCAGGACCCGGGAAAGAGAGGCUGAAAGCAGGAGCAACACCCCGGAGCCCCAUGCGCAGGAAGGCACAGGCCUCGCCACCCCCGCAACGGCUGCCGCCACCCCCGGCUCUGGCCCUGAGUGAUGAGCUGCCCUGGGGAGACCUGUCCCUCAACAAGUGUCUGGUGCUGGCCUCAUUCGUGGCGCUGCUGGGGUCAGCCUUCCAGCUGUGCCGUGAUGCUGUGGCUGGGGAAGCGGACGUCCCUGCGCCUGUCCCUGAGCCAUGGGUACCGCCCAGCUCAGCCCCGGAGCCAGCAGCAGCCCCGCUGCAGCCGAAGCCCAAGGCCUGGGCGCCCCCAUUAGGACCGCCGGCACCCCAGGCGGAGGAGGAGGCGGCGGCGGCGGCGGAGGAGGCUGAGGUUCCCGGCAGGCGGGAGGGUGCGGACAGCGCUGCUGGGGAGAAGCGCGGGCCCAAGGAGCCUCCGCGGAAGGAGAGGCCUCGCAAGGAGAGGCCGUCGAGGGAGGAGCGGCCGCGGAAGGAGAAGCCGCGGAAGGAGGAGCGGCCUCGGAAGCAGGAGAAGCCACGGGCCGCCAGGGAACCCCGAGGAGCCCUACCCCGGCGCUGGGAGGUGCGCGAAGGGGGCCACCGCCACUGGGCGCAGGACUCCCGAGACCCGGGACAGAAAAGGAGACAAGCCUGGGACUCCCUGCGGCGCCCCGACGAGGACCGGCCUCCAGGCCGCCAGAAGCACCGGGCGGGCAAGGGGCGGGACUGAGCCAGGCCUGGGUCCCGGGACCCAAUACUCGGAACCGCCCCCCUCGCCGUGCGUGGCCCCGAGGUUCAUAGAAAUAAAUUGAAAGCUGCA